GUCAGCUCGAUGGUUUUUUAAAAAGCAGGGGGAAGCGAAACCUCAUUCCUGUAUUUUAUUGAGAGAGAAAGAGGAUAGUCCUGUAAUUUAGAGAGAGAGAGAUUGUAUUUCAUCCUGGAUUCCUUUUUGUUGAGAGAUAUUUGUUUCUCUGUCAUUGAGAUUUGAGAGAAAUUUUUUUGAUGAUCGAUUCCUUUGUGGAGAGAGAGAAGCUAUGGAUGGAAAGCUAGGGUGCGUAGUGGCAGCGGUUGAUGGCGGAGAGGAAAGCAUGAAUGCGUUAGGAUGGGCCCUCAAUAACCUAAAGCUUCGACCGCCGUCAAGUCCAGGUUCGGACGAUGCAGGGAAACUGGUAAUCCUUCACGUUCAGUCCCCUCCUAACAUUGCUGCUGGCCUCAACCCAGGUGGCAUCCCCUUUGGUGGACCCACUUACGUUGAAGUUCCUGCUUUUGCUGCUGCUAUCGAGGCUCACCAGAAACGUAUCAGCAACGCGAUCAUUUCUCAUGCCGUGGGAAUAUGUUCUGGGAAAAAUGUAAAUGUUGAGACAAAGGUUGUUGUGGGUGAUCCAAAGGAGCUUAUAUGUGAAAUGACCACUAAAUUACAUGCAGAUUUGUUGGUAAUGGGAAGCCAUGCUUAUGGUGCUAUUAAAAGGAUGUUUUUGGGAAGCGUAAGCAACUACUGCAUCAAUAGCGUAAGUUGUCCAGUGAUCAUCAUUAAAGAAAAUUCUACUUCUUAACUUCAUUUGUCCCUGCCCCUUCAUGUGUGUGAUCUUCUUUUUUAUCACUGAAUUGAUUUGUAUGAUUUGAACUUCAAUAUUCAUUUUUCAUAAUAUGCAGUAUGCAAUGCACAAUCUCAUGCAUGAUUGCGUAACCUAUCUCAAGUUUAUAGCUAUUUGAUGAUUGUGAUUGGUUAAAUCAAAUGUAUCAAUGAGCUUGUUUGGAAUUGUGCUUUAUAAAUAUAAUUUGGAUGAGAAAUAAAUUGUUAUUGGAUUGUACUCUA